UUAUCCCCAACCCACAGCCACAUCGGCCGAGGCGGACGCCGGCGAGCUGCGCGGCGCCUUCUCUUCCGGCUGCCUCCGCAACCAUGUCCUCCGUCCGCUUCUUCCCGGCCACCUCGCAGACUCCGGCCGCUGCCUGCCUCCUCAAACCCUCCCCGAAACCUCCCCUCCACAACCCCAUCUCGGCCACCGCCGCCUUCCCCCGCAGCAAUGCCCGAAGCGUCCCGCACCUCCGCCUCAGAAGGCGAGUCCGCUCCGCCCCGAGAACACCGACCGAAGCGCCGCCCGUGGGACCCGACGGUGGCGGCGGCGGAGGAGGGGACGGCGGUGGGGGUGGAGGGGACGGCGACGAGGAGGGGGAGGAUAAGGGACUGCUGCCGGAGUGGCUUAACGUGACGACGGAAGACGCGAAGACGGUCAUCGCGGCCAUUGCCAUCUCCCUUGCCUUCCGCUCCUUCGUCGCCGAGCCACGGUUCAUCCCCUCGCUCUCCAUGUUCCCUACCUACGACGUCGGCGACCGCAUCGUCGCCGAGAAGGUUACAUACUACUUCAGGAAACCUUGUGUAAAUGAUAUCGUAAUCUUCAAAAGCCCGCCCGUGCUACAGGAGGUCGGGUAUACUGAUAAUGACGUUUUCAUCAAAAGAGUAGUUGCCAGGGCGGGAGAUAUUGUUGAGGUCCAUAAAGGAAAACUAGUUGUGAAUGGUGAGGCUAGAAAUGAAGAGUUCAUCCUUGAGCCACCUUCUUAUGACAUGAAUCCAGUGACGCUAGUACCGAGGAGUAUCAAGAGGAGGAGGAAGUCUACUUAUGGGAAUUUGUGUGUGUGA